AUGACAACCUCUUCCACAGAAAUCAAUUAUGUCCCAGAAGCCUUCAGCGUGACACACACUUCCCACAAACCAGAUCUAGAGCAGCUUCCCAGUGGACUUGGCUCACGUGGACGCGUGCGGCGCGUGCCAGGGACCGCCAGACCGGCGCGCUCGACUCGUGAACACGCAGAGAACAGAGUCUGGAGUCUCCAAAGCGCAGUUCAGAACCCAGAGUCCCUGGACUCGUAUAUCCAGAGCUGUCUGUCUGUCCUCUACCCACCGUUUGAGGUCACGGCCUCCACUGUCCUCAGCCAGCUCUUCCAGGUCAUCGAUGCUCGUUACCACGGAGACGCCCUCCAGUGUCUGACCGACUUCCUCAUCCCUGCCAGGCAUCUUCUGGAGAGAGUGCAGCAGUCGGCCUGUGCUCCGUACUCUCAGAGGGUGUUCAGCUGUGCCGGGUGGCCUCUGUGUUUAAAGGAUCGCAUCGUGAUCCAGCUUGCUCCCGUUAACCCUUUGCUGCUCAGACCGGGAGACUUUUACCUGCAGGUUGUGCCGUCCGCGAACCAGGCCGCCCGCAUCGUAGUCCAGAGUCUUUUAGAGGUGGAAACCUCAAUCCCCGAGACCUCUUACCCCAGCAUCUUCACUGAAGCCUGGCUUCGGGAGCUCAACGGCGGGAGACAUGGAACGCCUUUGGCUCGCUGCGUCCUCAAAACCGAGCAGGGCAUAGUCAAAGUUCCCUGGGAAGAGGUGGCCAACCCUAAAUUCAAGGACAAUCGGAGUAUGGCCUCCUCGUCUCCGUCAAACCAACAGGAGUCUUUGAGUUCGUGCCGUCCACACACACCUACCCCUUCCAAUUUCUCCGUGGAGACGAGGAUUUGUCCUGCACGGGAUGGUAUAGCAGUGUCCUUGCGUUUGGUAGACAGCAGUAGUAGUUCGAGACACGCUGAAAUGGAUCCGUCUGGGACGCGUCCGGUGGGAUGGGUGUCUCCAAACACAUGGGACAGCCGAAGUAAGAGCAGUUUGGUAAGCAAUUGCAAUGCUCUAAUGGACCUUACCAAAGAAACCCAAGGAUAUCCACAGACUCCUCUGCUGAGGUCUCGGGACCGAACCGCUUGUGUGCGCACCGUGAGGUUUGCAGAGGAACCCUGUACGCCGUGCAUGCAGAGGAAACACGGGCAAGGGACCAAAGCGCAAAAAUGUCGGUUUACGGAAGAACCCAAAGAAAGAUCUGAGCGUCCAAAUGAACUUGCUCAGGAAACUCCAGAUCAGGGCAGCUCUUCAAAAACAGAUUGGUUAGGACAUUGCUCCAGCGGAGGGCGUGAGGAACAAACCCAGAACAAUUCUCAGGACUGUUUUACUCCACCUGUGGUUGGGACGUCUGAGAAAUGCCACAUUGUUGUCCAAGGACAGACAAGUGAGGUGGACAGAAGCAGCUACUUAGAGAUGAUCCCAAAGCUGCAUGUGGUUCCAGGGAAGAAAACCACCACUUUUGGGCUGGUGUCUCCGAAGAUGAACAGAAGACGAUUCGUUGUGACUCAAGAUCUCUCUCAGGACCCCAAAACUCUGAGCCCUCCUGUUACUGGACCGCGGGUAAAUCAUUCAGACGCCCCAGCGCAAGCUGAAACAGAGAGACCAUCCAGAUCAUCAACUCCUACUUCACUUAAAGCGGAUGGCCUUCUUCACUCAGGAACCGUGUGUCUAACUGGUGGACUGGACCGCUCCGGUCGAGCAGUUCUGGAGAUUUAUGGAGAUCAUCAGGUCUGGACUUCUGCACACAUCUCAAGUCUGGAGAUCUGCAAACUCCUGCUGUACUUCCACUCCAUCACCCGGAAAGAGAGGAGCGAUGCAGGGAUGACGCUGGUGUUUGAUGCGCGGAAGAAGUCGCCACAUCCAGAGUUUGCCAAAGCUCUCCUGAUGGUCCAGGAACAGGAUCCUCAUGCUGUGCACCGGGUUCUUCUGCUGGUGAAGAAGGACACUCUCCACAGUCAUGAGAAAAGGCCCGGCGUUACGGUAGAAACACUGACGUCAUUUAAGGCUCUAUAUAAAAUAGUGGACGUCAGUCAGAUAACUGCGGCUCUACACGGGUCAUUACCGUACAAUCACUGCGACUGGAUACUAAUACAUCAGAAGCUGUAUCCAUUCGUGUCAGACCUACAAGAGGCGUCCGCUUUGCUAUCAGGAGCAAUAAAGAAACUGGAAGGUGUUCAUAAAAUCGACACAGUGCAGGAUGUGCAUCAGUGCAUCGAGGAGCAGCGAGCUCUAAUGAAGGAAGUGCUGGAAGACACGCGAUUGGUCGGCUUGCAGAGGGGAGGCGGAGCCAUGCUGGCCAGGCUGAGGCUGGAAACUGAUGUGAGGUCGCCACACUGUGAACAGAGCUGCGAGGUGAUUGACACCGUCACACACCUGUACAACGCCAUGGAGGAGCAGGUGCAUGUUCUGGCCAGGAAGUCCAAUGUGUCCCUGCAGCGCCUGGACUUCCUGUCACAGCUCCGAGAGAUGGAGUCCAGGUUUGCACAGAUGAAGGAAUGGUUGGACACAGAAGGAGAAACGCAGCUCCUGCAAGCCGAAUCUGUGGACGACUCCAGUGAACGGAUCCAACACACGCUGCAUAGUUUCCAAGCUUUUCUCUCCGAAGCAAACGAGCGUACGCAUCAGGCGAUGAUGCUGGUGUCCGACGCGGAGAGAGUGCAGGGGCCGAACUAUCCCGAGACCGAGGUGUUUCACAGGACGGUGUCCACGUUUAAAUCCAGCCUGGCGGAGUUUGUGUCGCGGGCCGAGCGCUGCCGUGAGGAGAUGGGGAUGAUGGUGUACGUCUGCCACUUCUGCGAGAGGGCUUCAGCCGUGGCCAGCGACUGCAUGAGGUUUUUGGAUCAGGAUCAAUAUUGCGGUUCCCCAGAUGAGGAGAGCUGGACCCGUCUUCACGCUCACCUGCAGAGGUUGGACGAGUUUUCUCCCGAGCACUUCCAGGACGUGAGAGCACAGGCGUGCUCCAGCUCCAGGGCUCUGCGGGUGUGGGACGCCGCCUGGAUCCACUGCCAGGACGUCCAGCGCCGGCUGGAGGAGAGACUGGCUCUUCUGGAAGGAUCUCCGACACCCGCUGGACGAGGCUCGGACUGGCCGGAGAAGAUUCCAGCACAAGAUGAGCAGGAGCUUGUGCCCGAUCCGUCAGAGAGCAGGGCGAGUCGAUCGAGAGACAGCAUGCACACCACCGUCACCUGCUUCAACUUCAGAACCAACCACAAAACCCGGAGAGAGUCCAAAACCGCACAGAGCGCCAAGGAAAACCCGGCAGACUGCGGGCCGAGAGGCAGAAGCGCCGGCAGAAGAGCUUCCCAGGACCAGAAGCCGGUCGCAGGCUCGGGUACGGUGGGCUGUCAGUGGUUCCCUUGGCAGCCGGCGGCGAACAGAAACACCAAGAGACCUGAGCUCCACAUCACUGAGCCCAUCUUCUCACAGGACCAGGAGUACGGGAACCCUCGUCGCGGCAGCUUCGGCUCUCAGACGGCCCGUGGAGAGACCGGCUGGAGAACCGAUGGACAAACCACUGCAUCCAGCCCAGACAGCCCAAACAGAACCAUGAAGCUUCACCGUGUCAUGGAGGAGCUCCUGCUGACGGAGGUGGAGUACGUCCGCUCUCUGGGAUACAUCUUGACUCAUUACGUCCCCCUGUUGGCCAGACCCGACGUCCCGCAGGAUUUGCGCGGUCAGCGCGGACGAAUCUUCGGAAACCUGGAGAAACUGUACGACUUCCACUGCCAGCACUUCCAGCAGGAACUGGAGUCCUGUCAGGCAGAACCACUGCGAGUCGGACGCUGCUUCCUAAACCACACAGAGAGUUUUGGACUUUACGCACUUUACAGCAAGAACAAACCCCAGUCUGAUGCGCUCAUUCAACAUCAUAGAUACUUCAAGCGUAAGCAGAUGGAGUUGGGUGACAGCAUGGAUCUGUCCUCAUACCUGCUGAAGCCCGUCCAGAGGAUCAGUAAAUACAGCCUCCUGCUGCAGGAGAUCCUGGACGAAUGUGUGCCGGAUCAGAGCGGAGAACAAGAGGAGAUCCGGGCGCAACAGGACAACAGAGACUGA